AUGUACGUAGGCUCCCUUAAUUUGCCUCGGAGGAGUGCUAGUCGUUCCCCACAUAAAAGUGUGGAGCUGCGCGGCCGCCCUGGCCAAGGAGACGGAUUUCCCAAGGUGCUUCCCGGCUGCCUGAGCCGCUCCCGCGCUCCGCCGCCGCUCCUCGCCGCUCCUCGCCGUCCCCGCGCUCCUCGCCGCUCCUCGCCGCUCCCGCCGCUCCUCGCCGCUCCCCCGCCGCUCCCGCGCUCCGCCGCCGCCUCCCGCUCCCGCCGCUCCACGCCGCUCCACGCCGCUCCCGCCGCCCCGCCGCUCCACGCUCCACGCCGCUCCUCGCCGCCUCGCUCCCGCCUCCUCGCCGCUCCCCGCCGCUCCUCGCCGCUCCCGCCGCUCCUCGCCCUCGCCGCUCCCGGCUCCUCGCCGCUCCCCGCCGCUCCUCGCCGCUCCACCGCUCCCGCCGCUCCACGCCGCUCCACGCCGCUCCACGCCGCUCGCCGCUCCUCGCCGCGCUUCGUCGCCGUCGGCGGGCCUCGUGGAAGGCCAGCUCGGGGCUUCCCAGUUAGCGAGUCGAGCGGCCGUGUCAGCGGCGGCCCUCGGAGUGAGCGAUAUCCCGACGAAGAGCAGCGGAAACGGAGCGGCCCCGAGCAGGUUAUUCAUUAG